AUGGCUCGCAAGAAAAGAGCAGCUCGAAACAGAUCGGAGGAUACCAAACACGAGCGGUCUGCCGCUUCCGCUGGAGCGGCAGCGAUUGCCGCUGCAGAACAGGCAGCUGCUACAGCUUCCCCACCACUUGCCAGCGGCGGCAGACAGAGCGUCAGCGACUCGGCUCAAGCACGCAGCAGAAGCGGUAGCGAACCACCCAUGACAAGCUCUCCAAGUGGUGCCUCCGAAAGCACAAGCUCCUGCACGCGCAACAGUGAUGCCACACCUGCCCUCUUUAAGGCGCUCAUUGAAGGUCUUAAGAGCGUGGCAGCCGAACGGAAGCGACGGAGUAGAAAAGUGGAUUCUCAGGAUUUGCUCUUGCACUUCAUGCACUACAUAUCCUCCCCAGCCAUGGAGGAGCUGCAGAGACAGCAGAUGCAGCAGCAGCAGGAGCAGCAGCAGCAGCAGACGCAGCAAGCAGCAGGAUUCCACUGCCAAAACGUCUCCGUCGUUGCCGGUGCGCAGUGGCAUGAAGCUGCAUGGGUGUCUUUGCUGCAAGAAGCCCUUCGGCCUCCUGCAGCAGCAGCAGCAGCAGCAGCAGCAGCAGCAGCAGCAGGAGAGAGCGCUGCUGCUGCAGAUGGCGACGGCGCAAGCCGCGCCAUCUGCACUCAGCAACAGCAGCAGCGGCAGCAGCAGCAACACAGUGACCACGUUACAGAGGUGGGGAUCAUGUUCGCAGCGCAGCAGCAACAGCUGUACCUGUCGCUGCUGCUGCUGCAACAGCCAGACUGGAUAGCUGGAGCGUUUCUGGCUUUGGAGGAUCUGCGUUCUCUUGCUGCCGACGAAAGCUCCGCCUUGGCAGCGGCUGUUGCGGCAGACGCAGCAGCAGCAGCACAGGAGCAGCAAGAGGAGCAUUCGGCAACUCAGGGAGAACGACUGCGGCAGCAGCAGGAGCUUGGACGGCUUGUUUAUGCAACGGAAGAAGAAGCAGACGCUUUGCGAGAGAACUACUUCAAGUCUUCCUUCAACGGCAAGAGUCCUGCAGCCCUUACAGCUGCCGGCAACUGCUUCGGAUAUCGAGACAAAAAGAAGGAGCGCCGACUGUGCAGAGCUGUAGCAGCACUGCACAUGCUUGUGUCGCUUGCAGCCUCCGAGUUUACUGCGGCUGCAGCCGCUGCUCUCUGCAGCAGCACCCGCCUUCUGCGCGCACUUGCGCCUUUGAUCGCAAUUGCAUGCAGCAGAGGAGGCCUUUUGGCCGUAUCGGUGCUGAGAGCCCUCAUGCAGGCAAUCUCUGCAGCGCCUGCAACUGCGACUGCAGCAGCAGCAGCGGCAGACGGCACGCAACGCAGUGCUGCAACAGGCAGGGGGGAGUGGCUGUUCAUUCUUUCGGUGUAUCCGAAAGCCUUGUUGUCGCUGCUGCACCUCUGCCUUCAAGAGCAGGCGACAGAUCCUCGGGGAGUCAACGGUCUGGCGCUCUUUGCUGCUGCCCCAGCACUGCCGCUUACUCUCCAGCUCAACGAGCUGAGAAGUCAGAUUCUCGCGAAACCAGACAAUGAGCUCUUCCUGCACUACCUCGUGGUCCUACUUAAGGCACUUGAAGACAGGCAAUUUCGUCUUCACGCUGAGUCCAACAUGCAGCUUGCCAGAGAUGUCGCCGAAGUUCUUGCAGAGUUGCAGCGCGAGGAGAGGGGCCUCGCUGUCAUUAAGCAAAGGAGGACACAGUGGUUUUUACUGUGGAGGGAAUGUAAACAGCUGUGGUCAGCUCAGUGGAAUCAAGGUGUGUGCUCGCAUUCAGGAGAGCAGUCAGCGUGGAACCUGUUGGGUGAAGGCAUCCGCAAAGGAGAAUGCGUGUCUCCAGAGGAGAUUGCCUCUCGUUGCGUAUGGGGUACUAAGCCUAACGAAGGAGGGUGUGCGUAUUGCAUGCGAUCUGAUAAUACGGCACGGUUCCUCCGACUCUUUAAUUCGGAGCACGCGGAAACCUCUUUGACUGCUGCAAGGGAGCAACGAGAUCAUCUGCCUCUGGCGCCUUGGGAGAUAGAGCGGCACUUGCAGCAGCAGCAACUGCAGUUGCUGCAGGAAGAAGCAGAGCAUGCAAGAAAAGAAAGAACCUCUAGGUUUAGACAAGUGCUGGAGCAGCGGCGCAAGAAGAAGCAACAGCAACUGCAGGAGCGGCAGCGUGACGAGCAGCUUCAGCCUAUCCAUUGCCAUCCCCAAACGAAACCAUGCGCAUUGUCUCUUCUUCUGACGGGAGGUAUCGUCAGCAGAUGGCUGCACCGUGCACUCCUGUAUAAUGUGGAGGGGCCUUCGCAGGAAGGCUCCUCCACAUUGGGAACAGCUUUUUUACUGGCAAACCUCAGGGAAGCUGUCGUGGGAAAGCAGUUAGGGAACCUGGAGACUGAAUUGCGACAACAACACCAUCAAAAGCAGCAGCCGACACAGCAGCCUAAGCAGCAGCGAGCCGGGAAGCGCCGCAAACAAAGGCAGGGGGCACCCGGCAGCAAGAUGGCGCAGACGGCAGCUGAAGAAGCGCAGACAGCAGCUGAAGAAGCGCAGACGGCAGCU